AUGUUCUACGUGUGGGAUAAUUUCAACGAGGCCUCGACGAGUUCACUUUCAUUUUACAAAAUGGUUGUGGUGACGGUGGAGCAAGGGAGACUAGAAGGUGCAAAGAUAAGAACGGUCUCCGACGAUUGUGAUUACUACAGCUUCAAAGGAAUACCUUACGCAGCACCUCCCGUGGGAAAACUGAGGUUUUUGGAACCUCAACCACCGAAACCGUGGUCAGGAGUAAGAAGUGCAACGGAACACGGUCCCGUGUGUCCACAGUUGAAUAUAUUUAACCUUGAAAAAAUACCCGGCAGUGAAGACUGCCUCUUCCUUAACGUUUACACCCCUGAUGUAUCACCCAAAUUACCUCUACCAGUAAUGGUGUUUAUUCACGGCGGUGGACUUAAAUGUGGUUCGGGGAACGAUGAUCAUUACGGACCAGAUUUUCUGGUUAGUCACGGAGUUGUCUUAGUAACCAUUAACUAUAGAUUAGACAUCUUCGGUUUUCUAUGCCUAGAUACUAAAGAAGUACCAGGAAACGCUGGGCUCAAAGACCAAGUGGAAGCAUUAAAGUGGGUCAAAAGAAAUAUAUCUCGCUUCGGCGGCGAUACUAAUAACGUCACGCUUUUUGGGGAGAGCGCUGGAGGCUUAUCGACCAUUUUACAUGUCCUGUCACCGUUAUCUAAAGGUCUCUUUCAGAGAGUUGUAGUGAUGAGCGGUUCACCUUUUUGUGACUGGGCUAUACCCUUCGAACCAAGAAAACGGGCAUUCGCCCUCGGAAAAGAGUUAGGCUUAGAAACAGAAGAUGAAAAUGUUCUCUUAGAAUUCCUGCAAGGUCUGCCAUCUUCACAACUCAUGGACACAAAACCGUGCAUUUUAACAUCGGAACAUAACAUGGACUAUAUGAAAUUCUAUUGCUUCACAUAUGUCGUGGAAAAAAAUUUAGGACAAAGGGCAUUCUUGCUGAAAGAUCCUGGCCAAAUCCUCAAAAGUGGAGAAUUUAACGACGUGGAUGUUAUAAUGGGCUACACCAGUCAUGAAAUGAUUGCCGGCUUGGUAGAUAAGAGUUUGAUGGAAAAAUAUUUAAAAUAUGACGAAUCGCUCUUGCCCAGAAGCAUCUUUUACAACUGUACGCCAUCUAAAGCUUUAGAAAUUGCCGACACUAUUAAAAAGCACUACGGAAUUCCACACGUUGAUCAUGCAAAGCAAGCGCGAAAGUUAAUAAAAUUUUGGUCGGAAUCUGUCAUGAUUCAUAAUAUUCAAAAACUCUUAGCGCUUUUAGGUGAAUGUAGAAGAUUUAAUACAUAUUUUUAUCAAUUUUCGUCAGUAUCUGAACGCAACGUAAUUGGAGGGUUGGGUAAAGAAUAUGGAAUUAUGGGAGCUUCUCAUCUUGAUGACUUAAUGUAUUUGUUUCAUUCUAACCUAUACAACAUUCCCAUAGACAAAGGAAGCAGGAGUUAUAAAAUGGUGCAACAGUUCUGUUCGUUAAUUACAAAUUUUGCUAAGUAUGGGAAUCCUACUCCAGAUUCAUCGUUGGGCGUCUCUUGGCCAAUAUAUGACAAUAAAAGCAAAUGUUAUUUAAACAUCGAUGAGCAUCUAACCUCCGGAUCUAGACUACAUGAGGACGUUGUUAAGUUUUGGGAAAAUAUCUACGCCUUAGCUGGAGUGCAGUGA